ACCUGAUCAAUUGAUACAUCUCAAACUGUUAUAUAUCUCUCGGAGAAAUGUUGAAAGAAUCAAUAGUCAGUUAUCCAUCUGAUAUUCCAGUUCAAUCGUCGCCAUGCAUUCAACGAGAUCUUUGUGUUUGUUUGUUGUUUUGAUAGCGUAUGUCGCUGCUGCUGAGAAAGGUAAAUGUGCGAAAGAACACAACAUUGACCAACCAGACUUUGAGGAAUUGAAAAAAAAUCCAAUCGAUCCUCCUGAAAAAAUGCUGUGCUUCUUCAAAUGUGAAUACGAGCGAGUAGGGGCACUCAAUGCUGACAAAACUGUUGAUGCAGACAAACUUGUAGAAGAACUAGUAAAGUGGAGACGUCUUCGGGAAACCGCGAAGAACGAAAUCAAGGAAUGCGUUCAGAAACUGACAGUUCCUGUUAACAGCUGUCCAGAUGUCAAACCUUACCAUCUCUGCGUCCACAAUGUACUCAAGAAUGAGGUUUAGUUACAAAUGGGGAUUCAAAUCAAGGGCGGAUCUUCAAACUUCAUGUUUGGGUUAUUAUCUGAUUUCUGUAUAUCUCCUUAUACCCCUCUUUAGAUCCUAAAAAAUACUAAAUUCUUCAAUCAUUUUAGAAAUUGACCUUAAUAAUACUCGUGUGAUAAUUUUAAUAAAAUAGUAUUCUAAAUGUGUUGUAUUAUAUUGAACCUUCUGCACUAUUCCGUAUUUGGCUUCCUUUAUGUAUAUUUUGCAGAUUUGAGAUGAAAACUGGGCAUUUCAUAUCGAGUGGAACUAUGGACAAACUUCCAAUGCUCGUCAUUCACAAUUAACAUAAUAUUGAGUGAUGUUCCAUUUUUGGAAUACAUUUCAACACUUUUUUGAAUAUCAGAAUUAUGAGAGUUAUCGUUGUUCAUGUAUUCGUGAAUAUUUUUCCAAUAUUUCUCAAGAACUGAUAACAAUACCUUCCUCCUGUUACAUUGCAAUGUGAUUAGUAUAUUAUGUAAAAACACGCCAAUUUUGAAUAUUAACGGAAAGAUAAGAAAGGGACCAAUCAUGGAACUUAUCGGACGACUAUAUCUGGAAAAAAUAUUAAAAUAAAUCCUCAGUUUUUCAACAGAAGUUCAAGCGUCGCCAUGCUUUCUACAAAAUAUAUAUGUUUUUUGGUUGUUUUAGUAGCCUAUGUAGCUGUAAGUAGUGCUUCUCUAUUUUCCUUCAGUCGUGAAAUAGAACUUAUAAUUAUGAGAUUAUAGUUAUAAAAAUUA